AUGAGAUUGAUAACUUCUUUAGCUUUAAUUUCAAAAUUUUGUCAGUCCUUCGGAUAUGGAUCUUUUGAGCAGAGAAAUGCAGACAACUGCGAAAAAACAGUGUCAGGAAAAAAUUGCCUUUCUUGGGAGUCUCAACGUCUUGAUCCAACAGUGAAAUGCGGAUUCGGAAGAGUUGCUUCUGCGGGGUGCGCAAAUCCGGAUAAUGAUCCGAGAGGCCCUUGGUGCUACACGAGUUUUGCGACGAAAGAUAAUUGGGAAUACUGCCACCAAAUUUGCGUAAGACAUGAUGUUUGCGCGCAAAGACCCCAAAAUAAUCUUCAACCUACUCAAAUUCCCUCAGAAAAUGACGGAAAAUGCACUGUGACUAUCGAUGGAAUUCCAUGCAGAAAUUGGAGUGAAUCCGUGAAUAUGUCUGAUCGACCAGCAACUCAAAGAUGGACGACAAGAAGACAAACGACAGCAACAACAACAAGACGAUCACCAGAAAGAUUAGCCCCAGUACGAGUUUCUUCAACGAAUAAUAAGCCAAUUUGCGCACCAAUGAAUGAUGAUCCUUUUUACUUUCGCGACAAUGAUGGAAAAGAAAGACGACCCGAUGUUUGGGAACAACCCGAUGAAAUUCCUGGUCAAAGUCGAGAUGAUCGUUUCCGUUCUGAACCACGUAAAGCCUUGAGAAUCUUAGAGGGCAACGAAGCAACUGUUGGGCAAAUUCCUUGGCAAGUCCAGCUCAUUGGCAGAUCAGCGUGCGGUGGAACGAUCGUUGCACCGAGAAUCGUCGUAACUGCCCAGCAUUGUCUCGAAAACGCGAUGGAUCCAAGACGGUGGAUGGUUCAAGCGGGUCAUGUCCAAAAAAAUUCGAGGGGAUCGGGUGCCCAAAAAAGAGCAGUUAUUAAAAUCCUCAACACUGGAAAUUACAACUCCCCUCGAAAACACAACAACGAUAUCGCCAUCAUGGUUACCGACGAACCAUUUCAAUUCAAUCAUCUUGUGAAACCCGCAUGUCUCCCGCCAAAGAAUUUCAAACCGAUUGGCGGAGAAUGCAUAAUUUCCGGCUGGGGGCAUACGUCUUACAGGGGGCGGUCUUCAAACGAGCUUCUUUGGACGCUUGUACCGCUUAUUCCUAGAAAUGUCUGCGGUCGACAGCUUCGGGAACGACUUACAGGUAAUAUGAUCUGUGGCGGAGGAUCUGGCCCUGACACAUGCCAAGGUGAUAGUGGAGGGCCCCUUGUAUGCGCUCUUCGACAUUCUAGUGGGGAGAAACAGUAUACUCUCGUUGGAAUAACAUCCUUCGGCAACGGUUGUGGAAAUACUCCUGGGGUCUAUACCGAAGUCGCAGAUUAUAUCGAUUGGAUUCAUCAAAUCAUUUCAGAAUACCCUUGA